AUGUUCUCAUUCACCUCCACCGCGACCCUGCACCACGUAACCCACCUCCCCCCCUCGACAACCUUCGCGCACGCACUCGCACACCUCCAGAACCACGACCUCCUCAUCCGCCUCGACCCAGACCUCUCACACUACGAGACGCUCCCCUCCCCCGCCUCCGCCCCCGACACAAAAUGCUACAAAGUCACAGACAACAUGCACACGCUCCCCAAAGGGCUCUGGGACACCACCGUCACCUUCGAAGCCGACAUCACCAACACCGACGAUGGGAUUGAGUGGAUCAUCCGCGCGCCGCUUGGGUUGCUGCAGAGGACGACGUGGCGGGUGCUCAAGCGGGAGGGCACGGGGAGCGAGGAGGGCGCGAACGUCGUGGAUGGCGUGGGCGAGUGGAGUUUAGUCGAGGAUGUGGAGAUUAAAGCGAAUCGUGUAUUGGUGGGGACUGUGAAGGGGAAGUGCGAGGAGAAUUGGAGAGGGGUGCACAGGAGGUUUGUGGGGCAUCUGUUGGAGGGGGUGAAGGCUGGGGGGGAGUAA